UUUGCUUCACAAAUUGGUUCAGGGUUAACAGGUGUUCUAUAUGUGCUUGAUGAACCAUCAAUAGGCCUUCAUCAAUGUGAUAAUGAUCGAUUAAUUGCCACACUUAAAAACCUGAGAGAUAUGGGAAACACCGUAAUCGUUGUUGAGCAUGAUGAAGAUACAAUAAUG